CGGUUGUCGUCAUCACCCUGCGACAGGCCUUUAGCGGGGAAGUGGCAGCACGUCGUUUUAGAGAAAUGGCUCCAUCACCUACAAAACGGAAGGAGGAGGAAAAAACAAAAGAAAGAGGCAAAGAAAAGACUGGUACCAAGGAAGGAGAGAAGGAGAGAGGACGGGACAAAGCGAAGAAACGUCGCAGUGCUUCCACUGGCAGCAGCAGCAGCAGGUCCAGAUCCAGCUCUACUUCCAGCAGCAGCUCUGGUUCCAGCUCAGGUUCCUCAAGUGGAUCUAGUUCUUCUGGGUCCAGCCACUCUGGUUCUUCUAGCUCUCGAUCCUCCUCCUCUUCCAGCUCCUCAGGCUCCCCCAGCCCCAGCCGCAGACGCCACGACAACCGUCGCCGCUCUCGCUCAGCCUCUAAAACACAGAAGAGAGGCGAUGACAAGGAACGCAGGAAAAGAAGCCCCAGUCCCAAACCAACCAAAGUUCAUUUGGGGCGUCUGACCAGGAACGUAACCAAGGACCACAUCCAGGAGAUCUUCUCUACUUAUGGGAAAAUAAAGAUGGUUGACCUCCCAAUGGACAGGCUCCACCCACACCUGCCCAGAGGCCACGCCUAUGUGGAGUUUGAGACCCCUGAGGAGGCCCAGAAGGCCCUGAAGCACAUGGAUGGAGGUCAGAUCGACGGUCAGGAAAUCACUGCUUCUGCUGUGCUGACUCAGCGGAUCCGUCCUCCGCCUCGCCGACCUUCUCCCCCUCGCCGGAUGCCUCCACCUCCACCCAUGUGGCGUCGCAGCCCACCGCGGAUGAGGAGGAGGUCUCGCUCCCCGAGGAGGCGUUCUCCAGCUCGGCGCCGCUCUCGCUCCAGAUCUCCUGGUCGCAGGCGUCACCGCUCUCGCUCCAGCUCCAACUCCUCCAGAUAGACGGUUUUCCACCUCCAGAUACCUUCUGAUCUCUUAGAUUCUGUGGCACCAGAUCAGCUGUAGAACCUGUUCUCCCAGACUUUAUGGACUCACCAGAAACAAAACCAUCUGCAUUGUAGCCGACCUGAACAUCUGUGUGUGUAGGUAGCAAAAAUGCUUUUUUUUUUUUUUUUAAUGAAAAUGUAAGUUGUCUUUUUUUUUCAUAUUUGCUAAGUUGAUUCUGAGAAACUGGCUCAGUAUUUAUGUUCUUUCAGGCUGGGUUUGGACUCCACUGAGAUCUACCAAUGUUCUGUUUAAACUGUCUUCUUUUUACCAUGUAUUGACUUUUUAGACAUUUUGAAAAAUAAAAAUGCAGAAACAUCGAGAUUC